AUGUUUCUCUUGGUGUUGGCGCCUCCCACCUCUGACCUCCGUCUAGCCCUGCCCCACCGUCCAACGCUUUCCAGCGUCACCCAGCCGAUGGAGCCCCUCAUCUCCGGCAAUCUCACCUCGCCUGCCCUUGCCAGCAACAUUAGGUCUGGUGACCUAGACCGAGAAAACUCAGAGCCUUCGGAGGAGUGGUGGCACUACUCAAAUCCCAGCGACAGAAGGAAACUCUCUAUCACAGCAACAGAAAGUCAGGCAGUCUCUAAGUUCUGUGCCAAGUAUCUUCACCAGAUGUGUGGAGAGCAUAAAGAUUCUGGAAUCCUUAGGCAUGGCUUUCUUGCAUCAUCUUCAGAAGAGGCAGAUUCUAUUCAGAAUGCAUCAUUGAAGCAAAAUGGGAAAUCAGAAGCUUCUUGCUCAAAAACUUUGGCCCCACAUAAAUCGACAGCAGUGGGGUUUGAUGAUAGGAUGUUGCUUCAUUCUGAAGUUGAAAGGAAGUCUCUUCCUCAUCCAGAAAGACCAGAUCAUCUUCGAGCAAUUGCUGCCAGCCUGGCAACUGCAGGUAUAUUUCCUGGAAGAUGCCAACCGAUUUCAGCAAGAGAAAUUACACGUGAAGAACUUCAGAUGAUCCACUCUCAUGAGAAUAUUGAAUCUGUUGAACUCACAAGCCAACAUGUUGCUAGGUGCGUCCUCCAGGUCAUCAUGCUGGAGUGA